AUGAGAGCCCCAGAGCGGACUGGCAGCAAGGCCGUACCAGAGGGCCUGGCCGGCUGCCUCUGGGCCCCAUACGCGGCGCAGCCUCCCCUGAAGCAAGCCCACCAAGUAACAAUACCGUGUUGUUUUUCUAGUGACCAAGUUCUCCGGAUCAAGCCCAGCAACACCAAACAGGUCUACCUGCUGAAGCAACUGGAAGCGCAAGAAUCUUUCCGGCUUGAUUUCUGGCAGUUCCCUUCCUACCACGGUCACCCGGUGGAUGUCCAAGUCCCCUUUGCUUAUCUGCAAGCUGUCAAGGCUUUCCUGGAAUUCCAGCGCAUCAAGUAUACAGUCCUCAUCCAAGAUGUCCAGGAAAUGGUGGAUGAAGAAACCCGAGAAAUGGAACUGACCCGGCGCAGCGAGCGCAACAGGAACAGUUUCAACUUUGCUGCUUACCACCCCUUGGAAUCCAUUUAUACAGCUAUGGAUGAUAUUGCAGCCCAAUACCCCCAGCUCGUGAGCAAAAUCCAGAUUGGAGAAUCGUAUGAGAAAAGGCCCCUCAACGUUCUCAAGUUCAGCACCGGAGGAAGAAACCGUCCGGCAAUCUGGAUCGACGCCGGGAUUCAUGCUCGAGAAUGGGUCACCCAAGCGACGGCCCUCUGGACAGCGAAUAAGAUCGCCUGUGACUAUGGGCACGAUCCGGGCUUAACCUCUGUGUUGAACACCAUGGAUAUUUUCCUGCUGCCCGUGGCCAAUCCUGACGGAUACGUCUUCUCGCAUACCAAAAACCGCAUGUGGCGGAAGACCCGUUCCAAGGUCCCCGGCAGCUCCUGCGUUGGAGUGGACCCCAACAGAAACUGGGACGCUGGCUUUGGAGGGCCUGGGGCCAGUAAAAACCCCUGUUCCGAUUCCUACCACGGGCCCAGCCCCAACUCCGAGGUGGAGGUCCGGUCUAUUGUGGAUUUCGUCAAGAACCACGGGAACAUCAAGGCCUUCAUCAGCAUCCACAGCUAUUCCCAGUUGAUGAUGUACCCUUAUGGGUAUAAGUGCAGUAACCCCAAGGAUUAUAAGGAACUGGAUGAAGUGGUGAAAAUGGCUACUGGGGCGUUAACAUCCCUCUAUGGCACCCAAUACAAAGUUGGGCCGAUUUGUUCUGUAAUCUACCAAGCCAGCGGAGGCAGCAUAGACUGGUCUUACGAUUACGGCAUCAAGUAUUCCUUUGCUUUUGAAUUGCGGGACACCGGCCGGCACGGCUUCCUCCUGCCCGCCGAUCAGAUUAUUCCGACAGCGGAAGAGACGUGGCUGGCCCUGAAGACCACCAUGGAAUACGUGCGAGACCAUCCCUAUUGAGAGGAGGAAGAGAGGACCACCGGCAGCGGAAGGGCCAAGGAAAUAAAGACCUUGCAGUUGCUGGGCGACCUUGGGUUAGUCACAUACUCUCAGCCCAGCCUAUCUCACAGGGUUGUUGUGUGGAUAAAAUGAAGGACAGAAAAACAACAUGAGCUGCUUUGAGUCCCCGUUGGGGGAAAAAGAGAGAGUAUAAAUUAAACAAAUAACAAGUACUUUUAAUAAAGUCAGUUGUUUUUGAGUUCCAA